UCACCUGCUUUCCUUUUUCAAUCUGAUUAUCUUUGAAGUUAUAUUGAACUGAAAAUUUUCACAAUCAAAUUGGAAGUUGGAAUGUAGGGUUUCAUCUUGUUUUUUGUUUCGUACUUCAUUUUCAGAGAAUUCCUGAAUUGCUUAGUGUUCUUUUAGUGGAAUAUGUCUAAAUUAUUUGGGGGCAAAGAUCCAUUCGAUGAUCCAUUCUUCACUUGGCAAUUUGAUGGUGAUGUCGGGUCCAAAAGGGAGAUAACGAUUGAGGAAUUAGAUGAUGAUGGCAAGAAUUCAGUUCCUAACACAGGAGUGGUCAGCAAAACCCCAGUUCACAGUUCUGAUGAGUCCAAAAGUUUCAGCUUCCGGAGAGUGGCAUAUGGUGGUGUUGAUGGAGUCUACUACAGUUCUUCUAUUGGCCAAAGGACGGGUAACGAUGGGGUAGUUCUUCUAGAAAUCAAAGAAGAAGACAAGACUGUGGGUCAAGCAUUGCAUACAAUCUCUAGAGGAAUCCAUGAGAAGGGUCAUACAUUGACAAAAAAACGUGACCCGAAUGGCAAAGAGGAUUCCUUGCAAAUUCUACAUAAUCUUAAUGAGGAUGAACUAGACGGAUUUGAAGAAAAUUGGAAAGUCAAUGCCGACAAGCAUAUACCAGGUUGGAACGAUGGGUUCAAUUCACUUGAGAAUGCAGGGCUCAAUGUUUACGGUCGGUUAGGAUGGAACGAUCAUGGAGCUUGGGACGGGUGGAUGCUACCUUGGACGAAUCCUUGGGAAUCCGAUGGAGCAAUGGUAACGGCAGGUGAACCCUCAUCUGGUUCGUCAACGUCAGCUGGAAAAAUAAAAAAGGUUAGAGCAGUUGAUAUAAUGUAAUCAACCGUAUAACAGUUAUUUGCUUAUGUGGCGUUGUAUUACAUUCCGAAGUAGUCGUGCUAGUGUCUUUUUGACGUUUUCGUGUUAGUAGCACCAAUGCGAUGCCUUGUGAGUUCAUGCUCUUUUUUGGUUGUUGAAUGUUUUUUCUUAAAUGGAGAACAUAUCCAAAGAACACCGUUACAGUAGACGGUUACCAUUUGAA